CCUGUCUGUCGUACCGAAAUAACUCACAAUUGAGCAUAUCUGCUCUUUUCUAGAAGUCUCUAUAAAAUCCCUUGAAAGUGUAAAUUUGAUCAUAGUAUCUUCUUCUUCUGUCACUACUUCUCAUCUCCCAAUUUUCAGCUAAGUUGCAUCAAUUUGGAAAUGGCUGAGGGGGGAGCUGCUGCACCUAAUGCAGAGUUGUUGGAAUUCCCAAAGAAAGAUAAGAGGAGAUUUCUGCAUGUUGUGUACCGUGUCGGAGAUCUUGACAAGACCAUUAAGUUCUACACAGAAUGUUUUGGAAUGAAGCUGCUGAGGAAGCGAGAUGUUCCAGAGGAGAAAUAUUCCAAUGCAUUUCUUGGGUUUGGCCCUGAGGAGUCCCACUUUGCAGUGGAACUAACAUACAACUAUGGAGUUGAUCAUUAUGAUAUCGGGACAGGGUUUGGACAUUUUGCAAUUGCUACACCAGAUGUUUACAAAAUGGUUGAAGACAUCCGAGCCAAGGGUGGUACCAUCACCAGAGAACCUGGGCCAGUGAAAGGAGGGUCAACUGUGAUAGCUUUUGUGAAGGAUCCUACUGGUUAUGUCUUUGAGCUGAUUCAGAGAAGUUCAACUCCUGAACCACUGUGCCAAGUAAUGCUCCGUGUUGGUGAUCUAGAGCGCGCUAUCAAGUUCUAUGAAAAGGCCCUGGGGAUGAAGGUAGUUAAGAAAACUGAUAGACCUGAACAAAAGUACACCAUAGCUAUGAUGGGAUAUGCCCCUGAAGAGGAGACAACUGUUCUGGAGUUGACUUACAAUUAUGGUGUGACUGAGUAUACUAAAGGAAAUGCAUACGCACAGGUUGCUAUUGGUACUGAUGAUGUCUACAAAAGUGCUGAGGUUGUCAACUUGGUUCACCAAGAACUUGGAGGAAAGAUCACCCGACAACCUGGUCCUAUUCCUGGGCUUAACACUAAGGUUGUCUCUUUUCUGGACCCAGAUGGCUGGAAAACUGUUCUUGUUGACAAUCAAGAUUUCCUCAAGGAGUUGAAGUGAUCGAAAUCGACUUCCAAGCAGUUUCUUCUAUGGAUAGCCGGCUUGCAUAAAUAAAUGUCUCUCCACUUUGCUAUGCAUCUGAUCUUUAAGGGUUUAUAAAUGUAUGAGAAUUCUAGUGCUAAUUAUCAUGUGCAAAUAAGUUGAUCUUGAGUAUCAUAUGGUCUACUCUAUCAGAUUGAUCCCACGUACAUAUACAGCACAUAUGACCAAAAAAAAUAAGGUAAUGAAAAGGAGAAAAACACUAGGAGAUCCUUUACUCGCAUGAACUGGAGCUCGUAAUGUAUUAGCAACAAAUAUGAAGAUGACUAGAACUAGUGCAGGGCAAGGCUCGAUGCCCAUUUGAUGGGAAACCAUAUGUUCUCCAUUCGCUAUGCAUUUGCUAUUUAAUUUGCUUCUUGAUUUCCUUC